UGAGAACACAACAGAGGAAAUUUGGCAACAAAUAGCCAGAAGGAGUUUCAGCUGAGCAAUGGGGUGGAACGUUAUCUAAUUUUUGCUGUCAUGUGAGAAUACCUGCGUUCAUUUCCAUGUUUCUGUGAACACAACAGAGGAGCUUUUUUCCUGUAGUUUUCUGCUCAUGAGUAAAGAUGCACAUUAAUAGUUUUCUUUUUUGUGCAGUUUUCUCUCUUUUCAGUCCAGUUUUCUCAGCAGAAGAUUUUUACCAAUCCAGAGGAUGUUGCACAUUCAGAGGUCCAAACUUUGAAGAUACAGAGUUUAUAAUUAAAUUUUAUUUUAAUGAGAACCUGAUGAUGGAGUACAACAGCACGAGAGGCAACUGGACGGGAUCCACAAACUAUUCAUUUGAAAUUGUAAAAACUUGGAACAGUGAUCCGUACGCUGCUCUUACUAGAGCAUUAGAAAAGAAAACGUUGUGUGAAGGAAGUUUAGACUACAUCCGAGAUCUGGAUGCUCUUACAUCCGCACCGACCAUCAGACUGAAAGCAGUGAAGCAGCCGUCCAUGCUUGUGUGCAGCGCUUACAAUUUUUACCCAAAACAAAUUAAGAUAACGUGGUUGCAGAACGGACAGGAAGUGACCUCAGGUAUCAGUUCCUCUCUGGCGAGGCCUGAUGGGGAGUUUUACUACCAGAUUCAUUCUUACCUGGAGUUCACCCCGACUCAUGGAGAAAACAUCACCUGCAUGGUGGAACACUACAGCCUCUCUGAACCAGCACUCGUGGUCUGGGACCCCUCCCUUCCUGUGGCACAACGAAUUCAAAUUGCUGUCGGACUGUGUGGACUCAUGCUUGGUUUUGCUGUUUUGGUCUGUGGAUUGAUUUACUACAAGAAAAAGUCUGCUGCAUACAUGACUGUCUGCCAAGGACGAGUGAUGAUUCCUGUGGAACUCAUCCCUCCAGAUGGAGCCUCGUAGACUGAACGGCUGUGAUCAUAUUUAAUGUCAGUUCCAACAUCUGACGACAGAAACAAAACAGAAAUAUAGACAUAAAAACUAUUUCUAGUGAAUUUUGGUACAUUUAAACACAGUAUGGACAGUUCAGUUGUUAGUAUCUACAUGUAUUUACAGAGGUGGUGGAUUUAUUCCUGCAUGGUGGUUCCAGUCAGUCAGUGAAGAGCAGCAGCCUUAAUAAGAUGUAUGAAUGUAGUGAGUGUGACGUAUUUUAAACUGUAUUAACACAAUCACAAAAUAAAGCAUGUGAUUUUAUUAAAAUUAAA